CACCCCUGAAAACCAGAACGGUCCAAUCUUCCAUCGAAGAUACACCCACUUCAAACGCCCAGAGAAGGGCCGUUGCACUUUGACUACCCCUUUGGGCUCCCCACUUGAAGCCAGUCAGCAACAAGGCUCGAAUACGACCCAGUCAGGCUUCUAUAUCAAUCACGCUCAACCUUUCCAGGAAUCUUGGCCUCGGGAGAUCUUUUCGUAUUUGCUGCAACUUCCAGGGCUGUGAAGCAUUAUGUACGAACCGCUGCCAACAAAGACUUCCACUCGUCUUCUGUCCCUCGCACCAUUGGACAGCGAGGAUGCACCGCUUUGUGGCAGCCUGGCAGUUGUGGAUCUCCACGAUGAAGCUGACUUCCGCGCCCUAUCAUACACCUGGGGUGAUCCAAUAAACCCACCGGACCCCGACGCUCCCGUCGUACAGGACGCGUUGAUGUUUUGUGGCGGCAAGGAGAUUCGCAUCACGAGCAACCUGGAUGCUGCGCUACGAACGAUUCUACGUCGUCGAGAGGAAGAUAUUUGUAACGACCUUCCUCUCUGGGUAGAUGCACUUUGCAUUAAUCAGAAUGACAUCAAGGAACGUAGCUCGCAAGUCGGCAUCAUGAACCAGAUUUACAGCAGAGCAUCUUUGGUCAUUGCAUGGCUUGGCCCUGCUGACGAAAUCAGCGAUGUAGCUAUACCACAAAUUCUGACGUGGCCUAAAGGUGAAGAGCCGGAAUGGACGCAUGGCAUGUAUGAAUUUCUAGGGUUUUUUGGAAGACAAUACUUCCGUCGCUGCUGGAUUCUCCAAGAAGUUAUACUGUCCCAACAGAUUUGCUUCCUAUGUGGAUCCGAAGUGCUCCAAUUCUCGGACCUUUCGACAGCGUCCAGCAUCUUUCUUAGAAGAGCGCGAGAAAGGGAAAUAGACAAGCGUGGGAUUGUCUGGCACCUUGUUGAUCAUGUACUCGGAAGAAUCCCAGCUCUUUAUAAUGGCCGAGAGUCAAUGCGGCUUCUACCUACACUGCGCAAGGAGUUGACAAACUUUUCGCGGCUUCUAGAGUUAGUCCGUCUGAACGACUGUGCCGAUCCGAGAGAUAAGGUUUACUCCAUAUUGAGCCUGUUACCUCUGCAGUCGGACGGAUCGGCUCGUAUGACACCUGACUACACCAAGAGUGUUUUUGAAGUCUACAGUGAAGCAACAAGGCUGUGGAUAUCAGAAGAGCGGUCUUUAGACAUCUUGGCUUGGGUGGUGGCCCCUUCCGAACGCCAUUUUGCAGAUCAUCCUACAUGGGUCGCUGAGCUGUAUCGGAUCAGCUGGACGGUUGAUGUUCGAAGGAUCAGUGCCUCACAUAGAGCGCAGCGAACGGUUUUUCUAGCACGCGACCCGUCAGCGCCAAUCACGGUGUGUUCAGGAAACUCCCGCGUUCUCGGUAUAUGGGGCGUUGACAUCGAUCGGGUCCUUGAAUUUGCAUCUCCGCCAUCGUGGCGUGAUUCAGAGACAUGGCUCGACCCCAUGUGGUUAACAGUGUCUGCUACCUCUGAUCAUCUGGACGACGCUCAUUAUUUUUCACAUGUAAUGCAGACGCAAAUCUGUAUGGCAUUAAUCCUUCACCUACACAGGCUUUAUUGGGAAGAUCAACUGUUUGCCUCUUCCUCCCACUCGACUACAUUAUCCUCAAUAGUGGCUAAUCUAGCCCACCUCAGAAACAACUACCCUGGCACCUUCAUCCCUUCUGAUGGUGAAUUCCAGGAAAUUGCCACCGUUAGCUGUCGGUGUGACGGUAACAUUCUCGAGGCAGCAAAAAGCGUACAAGAGCCAAUGACUUUCUCCACGAUGUGUCCUUACGUCGUGAAGUUAGAGCAAUAUUUCCGUGAGAAUCCUGGCCCCGAGUUGCCUGAUAUCACCGCUGCUGAGCGAGACGCGGCUUUGGAACAGCACCGAAGUAUUCUCCGAGAAACUUUGGCAAAAACAUCAACAGGCAGAUUCGUAUUGGUUCCCCUCAGCUCAGAGCUUGGUGAUUCGGUCUUUAUCCUACGAGGUGCAAGCAUCCCUUUCGUCCUUCGAAAGGUACCCCCAGAACACCCAAUGUCAGGCGAUGAGCCUCGCUGGGAAGUUGUUGGCGAGGCGCGAGUGCAUGGGGGUAUUGUUGAAAAGGAAUUAUCGGAGAUUGAGUGCCUUGUUGGUCCGGUGCACCUUGUCUGAGUGGCACGUGGGCAGCCGAAUCGUCAUCCGGAGAACCCGGAAACGCCGAAUCGUGCAGUGUAGGAUUGGAGUUUGAACAAUACUUGGGUGGUUACAGUCGAUAAGUCGGCUUCUGGACAGGUCAAAACUCAGAAUCCCGCUGUCUCGGGCUCGAAGACCAUCAUGCUUUGAGGAAUCGGGAGUCUAAAGAUUCAAGAUGGAAUGGAUUAAGCU